AUGAGCAUAAGCAGAUAUGACAGUAUACACGUCAGUGAUCGACCAGGCAUCAACGGUGUUUAUCACUGUAGACUAGACAGCAGCUUAAACCCCUCCAUCCUAUCCCACUACCCCUCCCUCAUCACAUCUGCAAACAACCAUCAACAACACAAAAUGACCAACGAAAAACCCGACCUCGACACCAUCUGCACGGCCAUAAAAUCCGGCGCCAUAAAAUCAACCGUCGUCCUCGCCGGCGCCGGGCUGUCCACCUCCGCCGGAAUACCCGACUUCCGGUCCCCAGAGACAGGCCUCUACGCGCGCCUCGCACCCCUCCAACUCCCCAACCCCGAGGCCAUCUUCCACAUCUCUUACUUCCGACACACGCCCGAGCCGUUCUACGCUAUUGCUGCUGCUAGACACCCGCGGAACUUGAAGCCGACGCUGGGGCAUGCUUUCCUGGCUCUCCUGGAUAAAAAGGGUCUGUUGAGGUUCGUGUUUAGUCAGAAUAUUGAUGGGUUGGAGGUUGAUGCGGGGGUUGACAGGGGGAAGGUAUUGAAUGUGCAUGGGAACUGGCAGAGUCAGCGGUGUUUUAAGUGUAAGACUUACUAUCCGGAUGGGGACAUGAGGAGGGCUGUCAAGCUUGGUGAGGUGCCGAAUUGUCCUGUCGAGGGCUGUGGGGGUGUGGUCAAGCCGGAUAUUGUGAUGUUUGGGGAGUCGCUGCCGAAGGCGUUUGAGGAGAGGAGGGAGGAGGUUAUACCCCAGGCGGAUCUGAUGCUUGUGCUGGGGACGAGCUUGAAGGUUGCCCCUGCGUCGGGGAUUCCGAGGCUGGUGGAGGAGGGCGUUCCUAGGGUUCUGGUGAAUAAUGAGGUUGUGGGGGAUUUUGGGAGUCGGGGGAGCGAUGUUUGUGUGCUGGGGAGUUGUGAUGACGGGGUGAGGGAGAUGGCGAGGAAGUUGGGGUGGGAGGAGGAGUUGGACAGUAUCUGGAGAGAGGCAGUUGAGAGGAAGGAGAGGGUUGUCCAGAGUGAGGGCUGGGAUGAGGCGGGCCCGAGUCUGGAUGAGUGUAUCCAGAAGGCUGCGGACAGGAUGAAGCUGCGUAUGGGUGUUUCAGACGGACAUCGGAGGAUGCUGGAGGGGCAUUUGGGCGAGAAGAUGGCCGGUAUUCUGGGGAAAGCGAACAAGGCGGAUACUCAUUACAACUAG